AUGGCGACCCUCGAACGCCUUGGCGUUCAGGGCAUUCGCUGCUUUGCGCCAGAUCACUUGGAGGUGAUUGCUUUUGAGAAGCCGCUCACCGUCAUCGUCGGCCACAACGGAGCAGGCAAGACUACGGUUGUUGAGUGCCUGAAGUUCGCGACGACGGGGGAGUUGCCGCCUUGCGUGGAUCGCGGCCGCGGCUGGGUCUUCGACCCUCGCCUGCUUGACGCUGCAGAAGUCAAGGCCCAAGUUCGUUUGAGAAUUCACACGAAAGGGGGAAAAGAACUGACAGUCGUUCGAUCCAUGCAGCUCUCGCAGACCGUAGACCGCAAAGGAAAAACCAAAGCCACAUUCAAACAACUGGAGCCUUAUCUCCAGCUGAAGGACUCGGCGACGGGACAGAAAGCUUCGAUCGGCAACAAGUGCGCGGACAUCGAUUUGCAGUUGCCCGGACUUCUCGGCAUCCACCGCGCGGUGUUGGAGCAUGUGGUAUUCUGCCACCAAGAAGAAAGUUGCUGGCCGUUGUCGGACAUGCAAGUUCUGAAGAAGAAAUUCGACCAACUCUUUGGAGCGACGCGCUACGUCAAGGCUCUCGAGAGCAUUCGCGCCAUCCGAAAACAACAUGUCUCUGCGGCGAAAGAUCGACAGCACGACUUGCAGUUGGUCGCGGCGCACCGACGACAGGCGCGGCUUCUGCUCCGUCAGCUGGAGGAGGCGCGGGCGCUGGAGACUGAGGAGGAAGAGCAACUGAGGCUGACGAAGGCGGCUCUGGAGACGCAUGCGUCGCUGCUUCGGUCAGGAGAAGAAGCGAAAGAGCAGGAAGACGAAAUAAAAAGAAACUUGCAAGUAGCUUCGCAGCUGGUGCAGCGACUUGCAGCGGAACUUGCGGACCAGCAGGAGAGGCAGGAGCGAGAGAGGAGAGAAGAGAAGGAACGAGAGCGCCAGAGAAGACGAACUGCUCGCAUUCGUUUAGCAGAGCGGAGAAGACAAGAAAUCGAGAGAGUCGAGGACUCGAUUUCGAGGCGAGAGCAAGAGCGAGACGAAGCAGAACGCGCGCGACAGGCUGAGGAAGAUGAAGAGCGUGUGUGGCAGAAGGAAGAGGAGGAAGAAGAAAAAUUCCGAGUCGCAGUGGAACAGGAAAGCUACAGGGAACUCGUCGAGUUAGCCAAGGAUAUCGAACAGCAAUUCGCUGCGAAGAAAGACCGACUAGCGGCGUUGGAGGGAGAACUGCAGGCGAGAGAGAACGAGAGUUCUGCCCUAACGGAGCGUCUGCAUGCAGAGCAGGACAGAACGGCCGAAGCCAUUCGCGCAGAAGAGCGGCGAAACGGCGCUGCGAAAGAGCGAAGACGAAUCCUGGAAAAACUGUUCAAAGUUUUGAGAGCCGACUGUCACCCUCAGGAACAUGACGACGAAGAGGAGGAGACGUUUCAGCGUUUCGCUUCUCGGUCAGAUCGAGAGAUCUUGGAAGACGUCGAAACGCAAAUGAUGAAACUGCAGAACGAAAAGGAGGUGCAGGGGCGAGACGCGAUGCGAGUCACUGAGGUCCUGAAACUGGAGGCUCGCCAGCUGCAGCGCUGGCGCGAGGAGCUCGCGAGUCUCCAAGAUCGAAAGGCGCGGCGUCGAAAAAAGGAAGAACUGGAGAGAGACAUCCGCGGUGUCGCGGAAGAAGAGGAACGUCAGCGCCGCGAGGAAGAGGCAGGCAGCCAGACUUGUGCAGCGAAGAUCAGCGAGAUGGAAGCGGCGCUAAAACGAGCUGACGAAGACCUGCAGAAGCUCCGCGGACGGCGCAGGCUGCUGGAGCGUCGGCGGCGCGUUGCCGAGGAGCAGAAAGAGCGACAGAUGCAGUUGCAGCUGGCCAGGCAGCGCAUACACGACUUGGAGAAGGAGAUCACGGAGAAGGAAGCAAAGUUCCUUCAGGAUUUUCAAGAGGUCAGAGACGACCUCGAGACAGAAGACAGUCCUUUGCUGCACUUCGGAGGCACCUUUGAGGAGGCAGCGACUCUGGUGGCGUCUGCGGCAUCUCGCAAGGAAGCGGAGAAGGCGCGCGAGCACCACCGGACUGUCUCCGCGUCGCUGAACAGCUGCAGAGGCCAAGCGGAACUCGGGGCUUCGUCUCUGCGUGCGUUGCUUCUCCCUUUUUGCCAUAACCUCCUUCGCGCGGCGUCCUUCUCGUCACAGUCGUUCUCUGCUCAGUCUUCGUCUCCUGCCAGUUCCCCUCCAGAUUCGUCUCCGUCGCCUGCGGCUCCUGUCGCUUCUGCCUCUGGUCGCCAAGGAGACGCGAGCGAGGAGCGCCCCGCGCGGAGCUCCGCUUGGCCACCCCACCUUGGUCUCCUUUUGAAGGAGACCGUUCGGAGGGAACGCGAGUGGGGACGCGAUCCGUCGCGUCGCCUCGUUCCGUCGGCGUCCACGUCUUCUUCUCUCUCUCCUUCUUCUGCGUCUGCUGUCUCUUCGUCUGGAUCGGGGGAUGUGCGUCCGGAGGAAGACGCUCUCUGUGCAGACGCUCGCGCGCUUCUGGAGAUCUACGAGGAAGGGAGGCGAAGCAGAGCCGAGGCCGACGUUGCGCGCGAAGAUGACACGCUGAAGAGAGAGGCCGGGCACUGGGCGGCUCUCUACGCCAUCUCGGAAGCUGGCGGCACCAACCGCCUGGACUGCUUAGUGCCUCACGGCUGGCUCCGCCAGCUCGCGAAGGAGAGCGAAGAAGCGUCUGCAUGCGCUCUGUGCAGACGGGUGUUCCUCACGCGAGACGAGUUGGAGAAAACGAUGAACGAAAUCGAGCAACGCCUGCAGGCGCUGCCGCAACAAGUUCGCGACGCCGAGACGCGCCAAAGGGAAAUCCAGAAACAGCUCGACGCCUUGCAAGAAGAGCGGCUUUUGAUGGCGACGCUGGCGAAGCAGAAAGAGGAAAUCGCUCAGAAAACGACUUUUCUUCAGACCCUGCGCCAGAAUCUACACCACCUGAAAGGCCAAGUUCAGGCCGCCGCGCGGCGCGCCGAAGAGGCCGAGCGCAGGGAGGAGAAGAUCAAAAAGCUUGUUGAUGCCUCAGAGAGCCUUCGCGAGGUGAAGACUGUCGGCAGACAGAAAGCAAGAGGAGAGCUGGAGAUGAAGGAGGCGCAGCUGCGUGCGGCGGUUGCCGCGGCCGCUGGCGACGCGGGUUUCGAGGCCAUAGACGAGACAGGCAGUCCGUUGGAUUUGCAGAGCAUCACGAAGGAGUUUGAGGCAUGCGAUGAGGAACAGUCAAAGCUCUACACCCUCCGCGACGCUACGCAGGCGCGUUUGAACGAGGCUGUUCGUCAGCGCUUCGUCCAGCAGCAGCGGAAAGAGGAGCUGAGGAGGCGACGGGAGGAUCUGCGGCGCGAAGAAGAAGAACUGGAGAGUCUCGAGCAUCAAAUCUCCAAAACGGUCGACGCCAUGCAGGCCAAAGAACGCGAGCUGCCGACGCAGAGACGCGAGCUGGCCAGCCUCGAGCGGCGUUUGCAGGAAAAAAACGAACAACUCCGGAGGGAAGAGCAGCGGCGCGGAGACACCCUCCGCGCUGUGGACGCUUCUGUCGAAGAACUCAGCGAACAGCAGCACCGACUCGGCGAGGCGACGCAUGCAGUUCGGCAAGCGGAGGCGGCUCUGCGAGAAAUCCGGGAGAAAAAGUCGACGCUGGCUGCAGAGCUCGGCCGUUUGCAGGCGAAGCGGGAGGAAGUGAAUGCCGACAUUUCGCGCAUGAAGAAGGCGAACGAAGAGCAGCAGAAAGCUUGCGCGCGGGGCCAGAGAUUCCUCACAAUCGUGAAAAACAAGGUUGCGCUCCUCCACAGAGAAAACGAACUCGAGCAGGAGAAGAAGAAGAUCGACGCCCUCGCCCAGCAACUGCGAGACGGCCGCAGGCGACGCUUCACAGGUGCCAGCGGCCGAGACGGAGAAGACGAAGAGCGAGAAGAAGGAACAGAGGACGGAGAAGAAGGCGGUGGUCUGGAGCGUGAGCUGAGAGAGUUGAGGAGGAAGUGUGAGGCAGAGAAGGAGAAGAAAGCUCGACUGGAGGGGAGUUUGGUGACACGGCGAGAACGCGUUAAAGAGAUCGAGAAGGAACUCGCAGGGUCUGCCGUUUACAACGAUGUGGAGGAAAAGUACAGAAGCGCUCUUGUGGACGCAGAAAUCGAGGCGAUGGCCGCGAAGGAUCUGGAUCGCUAUCACCGCGCUCUGGACAAGGCCUUGAUGAAGUAUCACUCCAUGAAGAUGCAGGAAAUCAAUGCAACGAUGAAGGAAUUGUGGCAAACAAUGUACACAGGGCACGACAUUGAUUUUAUCGCAAUUCGAUCCGACACCGAAGAGCAGACGGCUGGAGCGCCCGCCUCUCUUUUCGGCAACGCCUCUUCUUCCGCCUCUGCACCAGCUGCUGGGCAGCGCUCCUACAACUACAGAGUGGUGAUGGUCAAGGGAGGCGUCGAGCUGGACAUGCGUGGACGCUGUUCAGCAGGGCAGAAGAUCCUCGCCUCGCUGAUUAUUCGACUGGCUCUCGCCGAAACGUUCUGCGUCCACUGUGGAGUCCUUGCCCUCGACGAACCGACAACGAAUCUGGAUCGAUUCAACUGCGAAAGCUUGGCGAAGGCGCUGGCUGCGCUGGUCGAGGCGCGAAGGACGAGCGCCAGCUUUCAGUUGAUUCUGAUCACGCACGAUGAGCAAUUUGUGAUGAAACUUGCGAGACACGGUCUCUGCGACAAGUUCUACAAAAUCACAAAGGCCCUGAGCGGCGAUUCGCGCAUUACUUGUUGCGAUAUUCAAGGUUUCUGAGUGUGCCGGAUCUUCUGAGAGUUUUCCGAAUUUUCCGCGAGUUUCUCCUUUACUGCUUUGCAACGUUUUCCAAGACUCAGGAUCAGCGCUUUCAGUCACUGAGAUUGCCUCCUCCCUGCAGGUCGUGAGACCUGAACUCUGUUGCCUUUGCAGCUCCGCAUGCAGCUGAAAUGAAGCAGGUCUG